AUGCACCAGUAUCUCCUGACAUUCUGUUUGAUCGGAAGGCCAUGCAGCAGCGAGGACCCUGACCUCCGAACCGCACGCAAAACAUCCGGACCCAACGGUCGCGGCGCGUCCGGGGCCAAGGGUUGCGGCGGGACGCAGAAGGCGAAGAAAGGGUCACCCGGCACCAGCGACGAAAGCGGGUCGGAGAGCGGUGCGUACACCGAGAUUGAUCUCUCGUCCAACGCGAUCCGGAUGUUCACAGGGGCCGGCGAAAUUGAAAGCCUAGCACAGGUGAAGGAGACUGCUGCGGUAGCGGCCGCCAACGCGCAACUGCAGGCCCGCCGCGUCCAGGAGACCAACACAGGCAAGCUGGUGACGGCCGUGGAAGCUCUGUCGGCGGCUGUUGUGUCGAGGCAGUCUUUGGAUGAAGAGGCCGCAGGCAGGGCUCGCUUGGCGGACGCUCGAGAGGCCAAAAAGGCGAAAAUUGCAGACCUCAAGGGGAUGUUGGAGUAUGCACCAUCCGAACAAAAAACGAUGGAACUGCGAGCCGCAAUAAUGGCCGCGUACGAGCAGCCCGACAGCUACUUCUUGGCCAAACCCAUCUCGGCGGCGACACCACCCGGCGCAGGAGCUGCACUCCGUACGUCCGCUUCUACUCCGCCUGCUGCGGCAACACGCGCAUCUACGGCCGGGGUAGGAGGCAGCCCAGCCCCCAUGUCGUCCUCGCCCGCGGCGGCUACACCCGUGUCCGCGGCGGGGGUAGCUUCCAGUCGUACGCCCGUGUCGUCAUCGCCCGCUACGGCAACGCCUACUUCCUCUGCUGCGGUAGUUGCCCCCGUCGCCUUGGGCGCAACACAGUCUGCAACACGGCCCGCCCUCCCGGGAUUCACCGGGGCGCGGAAGAGGGGUGGUGUUGGUGCGAGAGCGGCACGUCCCGUUGCUAGCGCGGCUGGACACGUGAGAAUUUAGAGAGAGAGUGUGUGUGGUUUUUUUGUGUACGGGCUAUGGCAGCCAUGCUUGUCAUGCCCUCUCCCCCUCUGUCCCCUUGUGCCCAAGUUUUCUUGUAAAGACGUUGUUUGCACCGUCCGACAUGCCUUCUCUUUGGGUGUUUUUUUUCUUGAAGCGGUUGUGUUUUGUUUUGGCGUGCGGGCUACGGCAGUAACGCUUGUCAUGCCCCCUCCCUCCCCCCUUCGUCCCCAUGUUUUCUUUAAAGACGUUGUUGCACCCU